CAGCGAAAGAUUUCUGAAGAUGCUGGAGAGGUAGCUAGUCUGACGGGAUGGCCGGAAUCAUCAAAAAGCAGAUCCUGAAGCACCUGUCCAGGUUCACUAAGAACCUCUCCCCGGAUAAGAUCAACCUGAGCACACUGAAGGGAGAGGGGCAGCUGUCCAACCUGGAGCUGGACGAGGAGGUCCUGCAGAACAUGCUGGAUCUGCCCACCUGGCUGACUGUCACCCGCGUCUACUGCAACAAGGCUGCUAUACGGAUACAAUGGACAAAGCUGAAGACCAGUCCCAUAUGUUUGUUCCUGGAUAAAGUAGAAGUUGAAAUGAGGACCUGUGAGGAACCCCGGCCCCCAAACGGCCCCUCUCCGAUUGCCAUUACUGCAGGCCAAAGUGAGUAUGGCUUUGCUGAGAAGGUAGUGGAGGGAAUGUCUGUGAUCAUCAACUCCAUCACGAUUAAAGUUCAGGCCCGAGCGUUUCACGCCUCCUUUGAGCUCUGGCAGCUCCAGGGCUGCAGCCUCAAUCCCAAAUGGCAGAAGAGCGACCUGCGCUACACGCGCAUUACACAUCCGAAGAGAGGAGAGGUCCUAACGUUCAAGGAGAUCAACUGGCAGAGUCUGCGCAUAGAGGCGGAUGCCAUCGAGAGUGAUGAGCAGGAUCUGGGCAGCACGCCACUGCGCCUCAUUACCAAUCAAGGACGCAUACGCAUCGCUCUCAAACGCAGGGUGAAGGACUGUAAUGUCUUGGCCUCUAAGCUGCUGUUUAUACUGGAUGAUCUGCUGUGGGUGCUGACAGACUCUCAGCUCAAGGCCAUCAUCCACUACGCCAAGUCUCUGAGUGAAGCCAUGGAGAAGUCCGGCCAGCAGAGGAAGAGCAUGGCUGCUGAGACACUACAGACUGCGCCUCCCUCUCCUGGGAUCCACUCUCUGUGGACUGAACCUCCUCCACCCGAAGCGGUCGGGACCCCCGGCACACUGGCCCAGUAUUUUGACCUCCACGAUGUCAAAGAAUCAUCCUACCACACUUUCAUCUCCCGACUCGACCUGCAUAUCUGCAACGACAGCUCCUCAGAUUCCGAUGAAGCUCCACCUCCAGGCACGCAGGGUGCGAUGCAGCUGACCUUCCGGAAGCUGGGCUGUGACUAUUACCCGUUCCACAGGCCAGGUGAUGGCUGUCGGCAUUGGGAGCGUCACUGCGGGGCGAUGGAGUCUCGAGCUCAGUGGGCCGCCAAACUGCUGCAGGAGUUUCAGAGGAGGGUGGAGGAUCUGGGCAUCCCUGGACCGCAUUCAGAGACAAAUGUGUCCGCUAAAGACUCUCCGGCCCAAAAAAUCAAGGAUGGAGAAUCACUGUCCAAUUUCAGUCCUGAGCGGUCUCAGACCUCACGGCGGACUUCAGCAGCCGCCCCGUCCUCAGGAACCCCGCUGAAGAGACUUCGCUCCAGCUGUAUGGUGAUCCGUGUGGAUGACCUGGACAUCCAUCAGGUGUCCACUGGAGGCCGUCACAGCAAGAGAACACAGUCUCUCCUCUCCUGCAACCGCAAAUCCUUACAUCUCCCAGACAGCACUCCUGCAAUUCACCUUCAGUUCACUGAAUACUACUUCCCUGAUAACCCUGGACUUCCUGUUCCCUGCUCUAAUCUUUAUGCCCAGCUCAAUGGUCUACAGCUGUAUCUGGAUGCCCCAAGUGUCUUGUGGAUGACUCUGUUCUCACGGGGUCUACACAAGACGCUAGAUCAGGUCAAAGCCUUUUAUCACCUCCAGGACAGCAGCAAGACGGACGAACACAUCGAUAUCCGCCUGGAUGCAACACAGCUGAAGCUCAUCAUUCCUCUAGAAUCCUCCAUUCUGGAUCACCCAGACCGCCCUCAGUCACUGAGCAUCAGCCUUCCUCAGAUCAUCCUCAGCAACACACGCCACGCUCCUCACGGUUCCCAUUCGGACCUCAACAGCACCUACAGCAGCUUCUCCACCUGCACUUUCUUCCGUCCCAUGGUGUGCCAACCUUUCCCUCGUGAUCAGAGCGUCCUUCUUCCCCUGCCGUCUGCAUUCCUUCAACACUGUCUGGAAAACGAGUCCCUGUCAUUAGCGCACAAACAUCCCUCUCGCUCUCAGGACGUCUGGUCUGUCAGUCUGUCCCGAGUGACUCUUGGCUUUGAGGGGGCUCGUCGAGGGCUCAAAGGGAAAGCUCUUCCCUUUGUGGAGCCCUUUGCCAUGUCCUUGUGGAUGUGCUGCCCUUCUGCCUUCAAAAAAGACUCUCAUUGUUCGAGUAUAGAUGCAGAUUCAAAAUCCCCAACCGGUUCUAGCAAGCAACCCCUCCUAGACUCACUGCAGGGUGUAAAUGACAUCAUAUCUAGUAAAGUUGACCAAACCAAAGAUCUAGUCAACUCUCCCAUGGCCUCCAUUCAUAUCUUAGCCCAAUCCAUCACUCCUGUCAAAAUGUGGCUCAACCACUACCAGUUCGUAGCUCUUUUGCGGAUGAAGGACUAUCUUGCCCGACUAGCUGGAGAUUUGACCAAGGACGUCCAGGGUUUGGGACAACCUGAACAUAAACCAUCAGAUCCCCCUUCGGUUUGUGUCUCAAUCCUAAUGGAGGCGAUAGAACUUGCUCUACUGCUUCCUCCUGCAACAUCCGAGCCAGUAGAAGAAGCCCAUUCUCCUGAGGAAACGGACAGUCCUAGCUUGACCGACUCUGACCUCUCGCCAUCCCACCAUGCCGGUGAGCCUGGCCUGCUGGAGGACAGUGGGACAGGAGGGAAUGAGGAUCAAGAGGAUUAUGCCGAGCAGGAGGGUUCGGUAGAGGAGGCUUGUGAAGCCGUUGAAGAAGGAAUGGAUGGACCAACGGGGCAGGAUGAUGAAGCUCAGGCCGUCAUUCCUUCCUCGUCUCCUCCGCUUUCUCCAGGGAAUCCUGCAUUACUGUCCCAUCAUAGCUCCACUUUCAGCUUGGAGGGAGAGCUGUCCAGUGCCCUGAAUGCCACCAAAGGUGUCACCAAAGAUGCACUCAGCGCCUCCCUGGAUCUCACCAAGGGUGCGCUGUCCAUCACGAAAGAUGCAUUCAGCAUCCUGAGCCGAGGAUCUGGCAUGACUAAACUCUUCUCUCCUCAAAACAAGGAGCAAAGUGCACGGCCAGAAGAGUCCGGUCCCUCCAUGAUGGGGAACCUGCGGCUUCAGUCCAUGAAACAGUCGCCUUCCCAGAAUUCCUGUGACAGUGCCAUUUUAGAAAGUAGUCUGGCGGACGAUGGCAUGUCCAUUGAUAGUGACAUCAGUGAAAACUUUGUCAUCCUCAUGGACUCUGAGUCUGGUGUGGAGUCUUUGCGUCCUAAUGGUGCAGGUGUCUCCGGCAGCUGUGUUAGUCCAGCUCCAGGAACAGAAGGCGGCUCAUCAGCAGACCUCAGCAGCUCCCUAUCCCAGAGCACUGAAGACAUUGCUCAAGAUAUGGUGUCUGUGUUAGUUCUGUGUCUGAGUCGAAUGGGGUGCCUGACAGAGAUGCGUGGUGAAGAUAUCGUGGUGGCGCUGGAAGCCCAAGAGCUUGUGCCUAAACAACUUGGCAACCAUAAAGUCACAGACCUGCUGGCAGGACUGGCACUGACACAGGCUGGUUCUUCCUCCCCAAGUGCUCCUCUGUCUCCUGGGCCCCAGUCUCUCUCCUGUCCCCCAGCAGCGGCCCUCAGGAUGGAGAUGGGACCAUGUGCAGGCAGACACUCUCCUCUGUCUGAGAGUGUGGGCUUCAUGGAAAUGUGCUUGACAGGGUGCAAAGCAGAGCUCCUGGCUUCUACCUUAAACACGCUGGGACCCUUCCUGGAGGAUGAGCUCAGCGCAGACCCCCAGCCAAUGAGACUGUGGUUACGGGACACUGCUAUUACACUAAAGGAUGAUGGUCCUCGUGUCUACCCGACCGCUCCUCAACCAGUUCCUGUGCUUUUCUCUCUGGAUGGUAUUGUGCUGGAGCGUUUGGAUGAUGGAAUCCUCAGCUUGAGACCUGCGCAGAGCCAAUCAGGGAUUGAGACAGGUGGGGACAAAGAUAGAGCUGGCCAAUCCUGCUUUAGAGCUGAGGAGAAAAACAAGUCUCUGGAGUCCAGACUCGCUGAUGUCCAGUCAGCUCUAGAGAAAGCUCUGUCUGACCGAGAGCGCCUGCUACAGGAAGUGAUGAAACACAACCCCUCCUUCACCUUAUGAUGAACAAAGGGAAAGAAACCAGACUUGAGUCCAAAUGAGGCAGAAGAGAAAAUGUUUUGUAGAUAAACCAGAAGAACAAGAGGUUUGCCUCUGCUGACUCAAAGUUCUCAUCCAUCCCUUUCCGUACCUUUAAUCUCUAACGUCUGAGUGUGAAAUCACAUGCCAUCCAGUUCUCUUCAGUCUCUGUAGGCAUCCUCCAUGAGUCUUCCUGUAGUGACGUUUCUCUGUAUGUGACUGCACUACACGGGUUCACCAAGUUCCCAGGACUGAAUCAAGUCAGUGAAACGGAUGACACAUGUACUCUUUCCUCUUCACUGCACACUGGAUCAUCUCUUUACUUAUGGUCAGCAUGCUUCUUGCACAUUAGUCAUUUUUAGUUUCACGAAAGGACUGUGUACAGCUUUUAGGCUUUAUAAACGUUUCUGAGUGUUGUUUGGUACCACGGCUAUGUAGCGCUGGUAGAUACAAGCUCUGUUCCAGAACCUAGACAGUAGGGCUGGGUUGAUAUUACCAGUUAAUCGAUUUUAAUUAACCCAAGAAUUGAUCUUUCAAAAAGUCUGCGAUUAUUGCAUCAACGAAACGUCACUAAAUAUGACUUGUCAUGUGCCUCCAAUAAUCGCAAUAAGCUUUGUGCUGUUACUUUUAGUAUGAAAGUCUCAACUUUCAAAUUCUAUACAUUUUAGCACAAAAUUCAAACAACAAAUGGAGUUUGACAUGCUUUGAUUUUAUUGAUGUCUCAGUUCAAGCGACACGUGAACCUCUUCCUCUUUACUACUAGUUACAGCAUGAAAUGGACAUGAAUGAACAUCAGAAGGUUGCUAAAAAAUUCCUUAUGUUUAACUUACAUAUGUGUACAACUCUGUUUUUCUUUGAAUGUUGCUUAUUUUAUUGAAAAAUGGCAAGUAAAUUUGGACUGUUUUUAAUCAUUUAUAUUUUAUAGUAAUUUAUCAACUGUAAGCUCACAGCUUUGGUUGAGAUUGUUCUCCUCAAGAAAAAUGGACACCUGUCCAAAAAUAUAUGCAUGUCCAAAUGAAUCAGUAUAGAAUUGCAUCAACUCGAAUCGAAUCUAGAGCAUGUGAAGUGGAAUCGGUCACAAUUACCAGCCCUGACAGAUGCAUGUCAAGACAUAUUACACGUUCUUGACACAACAGGUACUCAAAGAUACUUCGAUUUCAAAUGGACUGAUCUAUUCUUUUUUUUUUUAUGUGCAUUUUAAAAUUUUGCGCUUGUUUGAGGAUUCAAGUUGUUCACUUAACAUUUCAAAUCAGUCUCCUGUGAGGUUCCUUGACUGUUAGGAUGCUGCCUUUGAAGGUUACUAGUAAGUGUAGACAGCAAGGCAGUUUGCUAGGUUUAGGAACAGAGCUGUGGAUUUGACUAGAGUACUAUGUUGUACGUUUCUUAUCGGCUGCUAUUCAGUGUGUAAAGUACAGCUGAUGUGUGUGUGUUAUUCAUGAAAGGAGCCGAAACAAAAGCACUUUGACUUAAAUGCACUGUAAAUAGCACAGUUUUUAUCUGAGGUUCAGUGUACAAAAGAUGGUACUUCUGUUAAGCAACACAUCCUCAGUCAUUGUACUUCGAUGCCGUCCAUUUCCUCUAGUGUAGGAUCAUGGUUCUCAUGCCGUACAGAUGAAGUGAUCAUAGAGAAGCAUUAGUGCCAGUGCUGGUGGUCAAAUGAUUUGGUGUACAGGGACUUCAGAUGGGAAGUCACUUUUAUUCAGUAUUACAGUGCGCACUUGUGUCAAUGUAACAUAUUCUAUCCAGAUUUAUUACAUUGUAAACUGAAAAACGUUUGUUUUUUGGUUAUAGUCCGUUACACUAAAGUCACAUCUACUCUGUAGAGUUCAGACAAAAAUAUUAACGUUUAUGCAUAUUUAUUUGAACUUUAUAUGUAUGAGAUGGUUUCUUUUGACUGGACGUCCAUUAACAAGUAUAUGA